AUGCUGGAGCCAUCGACCUUUGUGGAGUUCUAUUCCUAUGCAUUCCAAUAUUGUUUAACAGAGGAGAAACAAAAAAGCAUAGAUAUAGAGAGCAUAUGCGAAUUAUUGGAUCUUGUUUCAGGCACCCAAUUCCACGCGCAGGUCGACUUGUUUGUUGAGUAUUUAAAGGCUCAGAAUGAUUACAAGGUCAUCAAUAUGGAUCAAUGGAUGGGCUUCUCCCGGUUUUGCAAUGAGAUAAGUUUUCCAGACCUUAGUAGUUAUGAUCCUAACCUCGCUGGGCCCUUGAUCCUGGACAAUUUUGUUGAAUGGCUGGAAGCAAAGCAGAGCUAAUUGAUCUAUUUCUGUCCAGAUUGAUUCUCUGCUGUAAACCACGAUUAUUUUUUGAAGUGGAAUCCGCAUGCAAGCGCUCUCUCUCGGGCUGAAAUUCGGCUACCCUAAUUAUGGGAGAUCCAGAAUCAUUCUCACCUCUUUACAAGAGAAUUUCAUUUCUAAUAGAAGUUACGGAUGAAUUCUAGAUUCACCAUCUUGAACCCUUUGUACUUGUUUUUCUUUUUCCUGUUAUCAUUUGAAAUUUUGAAUUAAUAUAUUCAUUCAGCUUAAACUUUCUAAUGAACCCGGAACCCCUAUCACCUAGUGGGGUAAGAGCGGGAU